AUGGAGCGCGGCUCCUCCAAACAACACCGAGGGCACCACCACCCGCCCACUGCCUACAAAGCAGAUGUGGUAUCGCGAGCUCUGAAAAGAAACCCUUCGGCGCCCACUUACCCUCACUACCACCACAGCAGCGCCCCUGGCCAGGCCCGCUUCACCUCGCCCAGCCCCGCUGCUUUCUCCUCUUCGGCAUCUUCGCUCGACAGAUACUACUCCAACGGCGACCAAGGCUUGUACGGCGAGAUCUCGCGCGCGGAUCCAUCUCACUCACACCACGAACUCCACGAACACCACCACGUCGCGCUCUCAGGUGCCAGCUCGUCGCAACACUCGUUGCCCGAGACAGCCCCGAGCCAUCUUGCUGGACAUCCUCUCGACUCGACCGCUGCCUACCAGACCGCACCCUCCGCACGACUGCAACCCUCUCCACGCCCGCACCGACCUUCGCCGCCCCAGCAUUCGUACACCACCGACGCUCGUCCUGCCAAACCGUCGCUGCGCCAGUCCGCUAGCUUCGCGGUCUUGGGUCGGAAGAUGGACACAAUCUCGCCGCCCCGCUCAGAUAGCGGCACCAACAGUCCGAAGCAGCGGUACUCGGACGAGGCGAGCGUCGGCAAACCGGUGCGCCCAGAGGUGCUCAAGAAGAAGAGUGGGUUUUCGAGCUUCGUGAACAGCGUGCUCGGCACGCCGCGAAGGCCAACGAUAUCGACGCCAACAAAUCCGAUGCAUGUCACCCAUGUUAGCAUUGAUAACGAGACCGGCGAGUACACUGGACUGCCUAAGGAGUGGCAGCGAAUGUUGCAGCAAAAUGGCAUCACCGAGCAAGAGCAAAAGCAGAACCCCCAGACGCUGGUCGACGUUGUCACCUACUACAAGGAGACGAUGGAGGGAAAGAGCGACGAUCCGAUCUGGGACAAGCUUGGACACACUCAGCCAAGUGGAUAUGUCUACCAAGGUAGCCUGAAUCCGAGCGUCGCUGGCAUGCAGAUGAUGAGCCCCCCGGCAAGCCCACGGUUUCCCAGAAACGGUGAAGACAGCUUCGAGAACCCGCGUGCUCCACCCCCAAUUCCGGGUCGAAACUCUUUCGGAAUGCUAUCGCCGAGUGUUUCUCAAACGAGCGACAUGAAUCCUGUGAGACCAGCGCCAAGACCACCUGGCGCACCAUCGACCAGCAUGGUUCCAACUCGCCCUGCACCUGCGGCUCCAAACCCAAUCAUACCACCACCAGUCCAGUCCCGUCCUGAAGAUGAUCUUCCUCCGAUCGCAUACGCCCCGCCCACUAUGACAGAAAGCCCGAAGUUGCCGCCUCUAUCUAGGAGCAGGUCAAACACUACAGGCUCUCCUAUGCAGUAUGAUGGAGGAGCGUUCGGUCCGUCCCAGCAACAACAGCUGCAGCAGUACCAGCAGCAGCAAGAACAGGCAAUGAUGGCAGCGCAACAAGCUCUUGCCAAGCAGCAACAGCAGCAACAGCAGCUUCAGCAACAGCAGCAGCAGCUAGUACGAAGUCAAAGCCAGAAGCAGCCCGACUUCAUUCCCCCGACGCCCCAGCAGCAGUUCGCUCAGAUCUCAGAUCCCCAAAACAUCCCCCUCCCGUCCCAGCAAGCGCGCGUAGGACCAGCACCGCGGCCUCGGCAGCGGCCCCGUCAAAGCCAAGGCCCUGACAUUGUCGCCAGGCUGAACCAGAUCUGCACCAAUGCGGACCCGACGAAGAGGUACCGCAAUCUGAACAAGAUCGGACAGGGUGCAUCCGGCGGCGUGUUUACGGCUUACGAGGUGGGCACGAACCGAUGCGUCGCGAUCAAGCAGAUGAACCUGGACCAGCAGCCAAAGAAGGAUCUGAUUAUCAAUGAGAUCCUCGUCAUGAAGGAGGCCAAGCACAAGAACAUCGUGAACUUUAUGGAUAGCUUUCUUGUCCGGGGAGAUCUGUGGGUGGUCAUGGAGUACAUGGAGGGAGGUAGCUUGACAGACGUGGUCACCUUCAACAUCAUGAGCGAGCAGCAGAUCGCAGCAGUCUGCAAAGAGACCCUGCAUGGCCUGCAGCACUUGCACUCAAAGGGCGUCAUACACCGAGAUAUCAAGUCGGACAACAUUCUCCUGUCUCUAGAAGGGAACAUCAAGCUUACGGAUUUCGGCUUCUGCGCCCAGAUAAAUGAGUCUCACACCAAGCGUACAACGAUGGUUGGCACGCCGUAUUGGAUGGCACCGGAAGUUGUGACGCGCAAAGAGUAUGGCCGCAAGGUGGACAUCUGGAGCUUAGGCAUCAUGGCGAUUGAGAUGAUCGAGGGCGAACCGCCUUACCUCAACGAAUCACCGCUACGGGCACUGUGGCUCAUCGCCACCAAUGGCACGCCUGCUAUCAAGGAGGAACACAACCUUUCUCCCGUGUUCAAGGACUUCCUGUAUUUCGCGCUGAAGGUCGACCCGGAGAAGCGGGCAAGCGCGCACGAUCUGCUUAAGCAUCCCUUCAUCCAAACUGCAGAUCAGCUCUCUACGCUUGCGCCGCUCGUGCGAGCCGCGCGCCAAGCCAGGGCCGAAGAGCGCCGCAAGAAAGCCGCGUCGUGA